AUGGCGAUUAUUGAUGUCGUCGGCUGGUUGCUGUUCUUGAUGAUAAUCGGUUUCGACGUGGAAUCGAAGUACAUUGCAUAUGAAACCUCGGCUGGAGUUGCGCCUGGAAAGCUUAAUGUUCAUUUAGUUGCUCAUACUCAUGAUGAUGUUGGAUGGUUGAAAACAAUUGAUCAAUAUUAUGUUGGAUCAAACGGCACCAUUUCGGCCGAUUGUGUUCAAGAUAUUCUUGAUUCGUUAAUUCCAGCAUUGUUGGCUGACAAGAACAGGAAAUUCAUAUAUGCAGAGCAGGCGUUUUUCCAGAGGUGGUGGAAUCAACAGAGUCCAGCAACUAAAGCUAUAACGAAAAAAUUAGUCAGCUCGGGGCAGCUAGAAUUUAUAAAUGGAGGAAUGUGUAUGCAGGAUGAGGCGGCUGUGAGUUAUAUUGACAUGAUUGAUCAAACAUCACUUGGUCAUAGGUUUAUAAAACAAGAGUUUAAUGUUACUCCAAGAACUGGUUGGCAAAUUGAUCCAUUUGGUCAUUCUGCUGUUCAAGCUUACCUUUUGGGAGCUGAGGUUGGUUUCGACUCGCUUUUCUUCUGGAGGAUAGACUAUCAGGAUCGAGCCAAACGCAAAGCUGACAAGACUUUGGAAGUGGUUUGGCAAGGUUCUAAGAGCUUUGGCUCAUCUUCACAGAUCUUUGCUGGUGCAUUCCCUGAGAAUUAUGAACCUCCGAGUUCUUUCUACUUUGAAGUCAAUGAUGAUUCUCGAGAUAGUCCUAUUAUCCAGGAUGAUGAGGAUUUGUUUGAUUACAAUGUCCAAACACAUGUUGAUGCUUUUGUCAAUGCUUCAUUUGUACAAGCGAAUGUAACUCGCACAAAUCAUAUAAUGUGGACCAUGGGAACCGAUUUCAAGUACCAAUUUGCUACUUCUUGGUUCCGAAAUAUGGACAAGCUUAUUCACUAUGUUAACAAGGAUGGACGUGUCAAUGCUUUGUAUUCGACUCCUUCAAUCUACACGGAUGCAAAACACGCUGCUAACGAGCAUUGGCCAUUAAAGACAGAUGACUACUUUCCUUAUGCAGACCAGCCAGGUGGUUAUUGGACAGGUUAUUAUACAAGCAAGCCGAGUUUAAAAGGCUAUGUCAGGGCGAUGAGUGGUUACUACAUGGCUGCAAGGCAACUAGAGUAUUUUGUAGGAAGAAAUAAACAAGCAACAACAGACAGAUUGGGAGAUGCAUUGGCGAUUGCGCAACAUCACGAUGCUGUAACCGGGACUUCUAAACAGCAUGUCACAAAUGAUUACCAAAAGCGCCUAUUUAUUGGCUACAAAGAGGCAGAGAAAGUAGUUGCAGCUUCAUUAGAUCAUUUAACGCAGUUGACAUCAAAUUCCUCUAAGCCAACUAAAUUUCAACAGUGUCCACUUCUGAAUAUAACUUAUUGUCCUCCAACCGAGGUUGAUCUGUCACAUGGGAAAACAUUGGUAUUUGUGGUUUAUAAUCCUCUUGGCUGGAAAAGAGAAGAUAUUAUCAGAAUCCCCGUUAUCAAUACAAAUGUUAAAGUUGAAGAUUCAUCUACUGGAAAACCAGUUGAAUUACAGUUUGUACCUAUAGUAAAUGCUUUAUUACAGCUGAGAAAUAAUUAUACAGCAGCUUAUGUUGGAGAAUCACCAACCAUAACGCCAAAAUUCUGGCUCGCGUUUAAAGCCUCUGUUCUUCCUCUCGGUUUCAACACAUACAAAAUCAUCUCAACGAGUUCUAAAAACACAUGUCAAAGAUCACACAAGUUACCGAUGAAUGGAAGCCACGAAACAAUAGAAGUUGGUCCGGGAGCUCUCAAACUUGUUUAUUCAUCAGAUGGAAGACUUUCCCGCUAUAUAAACAAACAAACAUCUGUGAAUGAACCAAUGAAUCAAUCUUUCAAAUAUUAUAAUGCAAGUAGUGGAAAUGACCCUCAAUCUACUGGUAGCUAUCAGGCUCCUGGAGCAUAUGUAUUUCGUCCAAGCAGUACUGUCUAUAAUUUGUUGGGAGCACCAAAGAUCCCGCUCUCAGUUUAUCGAGGACCCUUAUACGACGAAGUUCAUCAAUGGAUAAACUCAUGGGUUUAUCAGAUUACAAGAGUGUACAAGGAUAAGGAUCAUGCCGAAUUUGAAUUUAUGGUUGGCCCAAUACCUAUUGAUGAUUCGAUUGGUAAAGAUGUUGAAACUCAGAUCACGACGAAUAUGAAAACGAACAAGACAUUCUAUACUGACUCUAAUGGACGCGAUUUCAUUAAACGGGUUAGAGAUUACAGAGCUGAUUGGAACCUCAAAGUCGAUGAACCAAUUGCAGGAAACUAUUAUCCUAUAAACCUCGGUAUUUACACUAAAGAUGAAAACAAAGAAUUGUCAAUCUUGGUGGACAGAGCUGUGGGAGGAUCAAGCAUUGUGGAUGGUCAAUUGGAGUUGAUGCUUCAUAGGAGAAUGACAUCUGAUGAUUCUAAAGGUGUACAAGAAUCACUUGAUGAACAAGUCUGUGUUGGCAAUGAAUGCAGCGGUUUAAUUGUUAAAGGAAAGUAUUACGCGAGAAUUGACCCGGUUGGUGCUGGUGGGAGUGCAGCGGCUAAGUGGCGUAGGUCAUUCGGUCAAGAGAUUUAUUCUCCACUUCUUCUAGCCAUUGUUGAGGAACAGGAUUUAGAAAAUCAAAUAAGUGCAUUAACAGGGAUGGGGAGUUCUUAUAGUUUGCCUCAAAAUGUUGCACUCAUUACCCUCCAGGAGCUCGAAGAUGGAAAGGUUCUCCUCCGAUUGGCGCACUUAUACGAGGUCAACGAGGAUAAGGAUCUUUCUGUGAAGACGGAAGUUGAACUUAAGAAAAUGUUUCCAAACAAAAAGAUAAGCGUCAUAAAGGAGAUGAGUUUAUCGGGCAAUCAAGAAAAAGAUGAAAUGUUGAAGAAAAGAUUGGUUUGGAAAGUACAAGGUUCAGAUGAAAAGUCCAUAGCACCGUCGAAGGGAGGUCCACUCAAUUUAGAGGAACUCAUUGUUGAGCUUUUCCCGAUGGAAAUAAGGACUUUUAUUAUCGACUUUGGUGACGGGCCAACCCAUAAUUUUUGA